AUGCUGUCCCCGUCUUUCAGUUACACAGAGUUCAAGGAGGCCUUCUCGCUCUUUGACAAGGAUGGAGAUGGCACCAUCACCACCAAAGAGCUGGGCACAGUCAUGCGCUCUCUGGGCCAGAACCCGACAGAGGCAGAGCUCCAGGACAUGAUCAACGAAGUGGACGCUGAUGGCAAUGGAACGAUAGACUUCCCCGAGUUUCUCACCAUGAUGGCCAGGAAGAUGAAGGACACAGACAGCGAGGAGGAGAUCAGAGAAGCAUUCCGCGUCUUCGACAAGGAUGGCAACGGGUACAUUAGUGCUGCUGAGCUGCGCCACGUGAUGACAAACCUCGGAGAAAAGCUGACUGACGAGGAGGUGGACGAGAUGAUCAGAGAAGCAGACAUCGAUGGAGAUGGACAAGUCAACUAUGAAGAACAGUCAAACAACCAGAUGCCCGUGGAGGCCCCUGGGAGCCGGAGAACUUCGAAUCUCCCCGUCAAGUGUGCUCGGGGCUCCUCCACGCAUAAGUAG